GAAGGAGUUUUAUCUUCAGUUUAAUGGAGCUUAAUGCGGCGUCUCUAAAAAUCAGUUGUGAUCCUUUCACGAAUCGGUCCUGACGAGUUUGAUAAGUUCUCUAGAAGUGUACUGGCAAAAUACAGCGACGGGUGUAAAGUACCGAACUGCAUAGCUAGGUUAUUUCUUUUAAGUGGGCAUGAGUGUGAUGAAUCAGCGACCGCAACAUCACAAUUUUAAAGGCCGAUUUUGAAACAUUACAUCUGAAGCGCGUUGUUAAAAGCCGGUUCCAGAACCUAAACCGCCGUGCGCCUAAAGUCAUAGUUUAUGUCUCCCUGACGAUUGCGUAGAUAAUUUGAAAUGUCGCCGGGCUCAAGUAGGGGAAAAUAUGAGUGUCCUGUUUCAUUGAGGAUAAAAGCCACCGGGAUUGUUUUCAUCUACUUUGGGGAGAGUUGUGCAGUAAAUACAAAGGUCCUGGUUUGUCCUGUGUUGGUUAGAAACACGACAGAGUUGCACAGGGGUACACUACUAUGGUAAAAACAGAGGCUUCUGUUUCCACACAGGAGGUUUGCUGUAGACAGGGUCACAUGUGCGCUAAUUGCGCAGCAUGACUUGAAUACGCCUCGUCAAUAUGAUCCGCAUGGAGCGCAUUCAGCCUGCUCAGCGAUAGUAUGCGCUCAGUCAGUGAGCCAGAAACUCGCGGAGAGAAGCAAUUAAGUCGCCCUGAAUUCGUUAAAAUAUAUAUAAAUCUGUUUGGCCGCAGGUGAACAAGGAACUAGACUUGUGACCAAAAGGUUGUGGGUUCAAGUUCCAGAAUGGUCCACCCAUCACUGUGCUGUACCCCAAUUGAUAUUCAAGACAAAUAUCCUGUUCUUUAACCCAUAAUAUUUAAUUAUGAUAUAGUUCGUUUACAAAAAUGGAUUUUGGUGAGAUAAUGAUGUGACACAGGCAGGUGCGAUUCAUCGUACACUUGGGGCCCCUAUGCAAAGUACUCCAUGGGGGUCUUCAAUGCACCCCACCCAACACUGUAAAAUUUAUGAUCAUUAUUUUAGCUUGAAGUCUAAAUUAAUAAUAUUAGCAAAGAGAAUUUAAUAAACACAAUUCCUUUAAUUUCAAAAUACACAAAUAAAGCAGAUUGCCUUUGCAAUGUACUAUGUAAUUGCCCAGCUGCCUACCUUGCCUGUCCUAACCCUACACCCGGGUUACAUUUUCAUAAAUUGUGCAUGAAAUGUGAAUUCAUUCGAAAUUUCGGCAUUUGUGUAAGAAAAAUUGCUGGCUGUAUGCAUCACAUGGCAGUUACAUUCAGCUCUGUUUCAAACGCACCUUCUCAGAACUUGGCCCAUUGUUGAGAUUACUCAAUAUUACACAAGAGCAGAAUUGCAGAUGUUACCUGGAACACUGGGAAUGUAGUUUAACACACCCCAGUGUAUUGGGUAAAUCAUUCACAGAGUCCUGGUUACUAAUGUGAUUGAGGAUAGUGUGGAAGCUCCAAAUGAAUGGCUUCCCCCCCAUAUAUCCAUUUCAACCAAUUACUAAUGUUUCUUAUUUACCCAUGAGCUUGUACUGGAAGACGUGUAAAGGACAUACAGAUGUUGUGGACCCAAUUUAGGUAAGAUUGUUGCUAGGCAAGACUUCCAAUACGUGACCAGUAACAAAUGCAGCAAAACAGUUGUGGGAUCAAGAGGUAGAAUGACACUGUUUAGAGCCUCACAUCAGAGAACCCUUCUCCCAAGAGAGAAUCUAGCACAAGCUAAGUGCAAGUUACAAAAUCAGAGCUUCUGGCAGUGCCAAGUAGACCAUGUCAAUGGAACAAUUGCGGGAGACCAGUGAGAGUCAGGAGUAGGAUGAGGUUAGUCGUGUUCCUGCAGGAGAAAUAUUUAGCGCAUUUCUUAAACAUUACGGACAUUUAAAUGAAGGCAAAUGGGAGCAUCCUAUACGACAUCGUAAAGAUGCGUGGCAUUGCGGUACCGCGGGCUCUGAGAAGAGGGAACAGGAAGCCAUAGUUCCCAUAGUAUAUGCUGUGUGAAGUGGGACGCUCACAGCCUCCCUGGUACCCUUGAGCAGAAGCUCGCCAUCUGCUGAUAUUUACAUACCAGAAGCUCAAUCACUUGGCAUUCUGGAAUGAUAUUAACAGUGCUGAAACUGAGCAACCCAGAUGCACAUCAACAAGGCCCGAGGCCCCUCUACUGUGUUUCUGUGCUAGGAGGGGGUGGCGACUGUGAAAAAAAUUGUCAAAAUCCCCCCCCCUGUUAUUAAACAUGGCUAGAGGAGGCCCCUGAGCUGCAGCCCGGGUAAACCCGUGCAUUAAAGCGCCCCAGCACACCUGUUCUUCUUCAGCUGCUUUGCAGCCUUUUUCUAGACACUAAAUUGUAUCCCAUUUAAUUUCCCUUUUGCCACAACUACCUGCAAACGCUGAUGGUCACCAUUAUCCUAUCAGCUGGUAAAUUUCCACCUGACAACACAGAAGGUAGAAAGCCUGGAGAUGCAUCAAGGCUGCCCAGAAGCACUGAGGUGCUGCAUUCAUCAGGCAUGAGGUCAUAAGUUGGGCUUCCCAGCAAAGUACCCCGAGAUCAAGUCCCUGAUGGGUCCUGACCCUCAGCUGAAGUGGGUUGUGACUGGAAUGGUGCUGACCCAGCUUUUAGCCUGCUAUCUGGUACAGGACGUGUCCUGGAAGUGGGUUGUCAUCUGGGCCUACACCUUCGGCGGCUGCAUCAACCACUCGCUGACACUGGCGAUCCACGACAUCUCGCACAACGUGGCCUUUGGCAACAAGCAAGCUCGCUGGAACCGUUGGUUUGCCAUGUUUGCCAACCUGCCCAUCGGUCUGCCCUAUUCAGCCUCUUUCAAGAAGUACCACAUCGACCACCACCGCUACCUGGGCGGCGACGGCCUGGACGUGGACGUGCCCACCGACCUAGAGGGCUGGUUCUUCUGCACCCCUUUCCGCAAGCUCAUCUGGCUCUUUCUCCAGCCGUUCUUCUAUGCACUGCGCCCCCUGGUGGUCAACCCCAAGCCCGUGUCCAGCCUAGAGGUGCUCAAUGCCGCGGUGCAGUUGGUGGCAGACGUCUGCAUCUUUUACCUGUGGGGGCUGAAACCCAUCGUCUACCUGAUUUCCGGCUCCAUCCUGUGCAUGGGGCUGCACCCCAUCUCCGGCCACUUCAUCGCUGAGCAUUACAUGUUCCUGAAGGGCCACGAGACCUACUCCUACUACGGCCCCCUGAACCUCAUCACCUUCAACGUGGGAUACCACAUGGAGCACCACGACUUUCCCAGCAUACCUGGCAGCCGACUGCCACUGGUGAAGAAGAUGGCAGCUGAGUACUAUGACUCACUCCCGCAGCACACCUCCUGGGUCCGCGUGCUCUGGGACUUUGUGUUCGACGACAGCAUCGGCCCGUACGCCCGGAUCAAGCGCGAGUACAAACUGGUCAAGCAGGAGUGAUCGCCGGCCGCAGACCGCCCUGUCCGCAGACCGCCCUGUCCACUCCCUGGGAAUUUACCAUCGCUUUCCUGUGUUUUUUUUUUUUCUUCAUGCGGGCAGAUGCCCUGCCAGAGUCCUGGAGACAAUCUUAACGGGCACACAGAAGGGGCGCUCUUACAAAGGUGCCCCUCCCUCUCAGAAUCUGACAUUAGUGGCUAAAAUGGGACCACUUAUUUGGUCAUCCAGGACUGUCAGUGCGAUUUAAUGCAGAAGUGCUAGAAAAAAUGGGCUCAUCAAUGCUGCCUCUAUAAGAGGCUGCGUCAAAUAGUAGUUUAAACUGGAAUCAAACCAUUUGGGAACAUCCACUUUUCUUUGCAGUAAGAGGACUGCUGUGAGAAUGCUCAGAGUAUGAAUAAAUAUUAAGUGUGUACUGGGUGAAUGUAGUAUCUGGAAGCAAGAAUGGGUUCAGAUUGUCUCAGUACCUUCAUGAUCUUACUGUAAUGUCAUGGACUGUAGAGAAGAAACGAGUCAUUUCAGCAUUUCAAAGCAGUAAAUGGCCAUUUCUUCAGUGACGCAGCACUACAGUAUUGUGCCUUUAAAACAAUGCCCUGUGACAUCGUUAGGAAAUGCUACGUUUUGUUUCAAGCGGUCAGCCUCGUUGUGACAUUUAUUGAAAUGGCUUAAAACAAUUUCAAAAUUAAUGUUAACGCUGCAUUUAACUUUGUAAAAAAAAAAAAAUACCUCGUCUGUUAUUGUUGGCUGUUUUUGUAUGUUUGUUAUCACCAGCAAUUUCUAAUUAAAAUGACAUUUAAAUAUGUUUUGCACAAUAAUUUGAUGUCUGACAAGCUCAAGUCACUGUCCUGGUGAAAGAUUAAGGGAAAAAAACGUGUGUAAGAAACCGCUUCAAGCACCUGCCAUUGUUGUUCACAGUUUUAUUUAAAUGGAUUUAAAACUUUUCUUUUUUUCUUAAACCAGGAAGCACUUGGUUAAAAAGGGAUAUAUUAAAACGAACGGUACUUCACCAUAUCUUGCAGCCAAUAAACGCCUGAAUAACAACAUAAUCACACAUAACCAUGGU